AUGAUUUUAAAUAUUUUCUAUUAUCUUCUGUUCAUUCGAUUAGUUGUAAUAAGGAAUUCAGAUAUAUCAAAAUAAUGCGUUUGUGGGCAUGUUCAAAGUUAAAAUGAAUGUAAAAACUCUGGUAUUUGCAUUUGGGAGAAGGAUUAGUGUAUUUUGAAUUCCAUGAAAUCAUAUAAGGUAGAGGUUAAUAAUUAGAAUCCAUGCCGAAAUUAUUCAUAAAAAGAUUGUCGAGAAUAGGAGUAAUGUGGCUUUUAUUUUGGUUAAUGUAUGGAUUUCAUAGAUUGUAGUAUAUUCGAUAAAGAUAAUUGUUAAGAAUCAUCAUAUAAAUGUGUGUCAGAUGGCUCAAAGUGUAUUAUGAUGUUAGAAUGUAGUGAUUAUAAAACUGAGAAUGAGUGUGCGAAUAAAAAUUAGAAUGGUAGGUAUUGUUUUUGGAUUGUGGGGACAGAGAAAAAUGUACAAAUGUAACUAUGUGCGAAGAGUUACCAAUAUAUUUAACUAAUCAUAGCAUGUGCAAAGAGGGUCUUGAAGGGUGUACUGUAAGUUAGAAAGGUUAUGGAUGUAUCAAAUAAAUGGAAUCAUGUUCAUAAUAUUUUAAUAAUUUUUAAUGUUUUGAAAGUAAAUCUAGAAAAGAUAAUUGUUUCUGGGAUUCAACAAGAGGUAAAUGUAUUGAAAAGGAGUGUGAAAAUUUGCCAUUUACUUAGGAUUAUGAAGGUAAGACAUAUUUAAGUGAUUGUACAACUAAUGGAAUUCAUUGUGUAAAAAGAUUGUAGUGUAUUGAUGCUGAGAAUAAAUUUGGAUGUGUAACUGAUGCUUAGGGUAAAAAAUGCGAAUAUCAUUAAAAUUAAUGUAAAAUAAAGAGCUGUUACACUGCUCCAGAUUCCUAUAAGACCUAUCAGUAAUGCUAGGAUUAUGACAAUCUAUUGGAUUGUGUUACUUCAUAAAACAAAGGAUGUAAAAAUAGACCUGAAACAUGUUAUGGUUAUGAUUAUGAAAUUGAUUGUUAUUCGAUAGAAUAAUAGGAUUGUAUAUGGCAUAAUGAUAAAUGUGAAUAAAGAUAAUGUUAUCAUGCUCCGAUUGAUUAUAGUCCUAAAGAAUGUCAUUAAUAUGGGAAUUGCAUAGGAUAAUUAAAUGGAGGAUGUUAAAAGACACCUUAAUUAUGUGAAGAGAUAUUGGAAGAAGAAUUUUGCGAAUUUAAUUACAAUAAAGAAAGGUGCAUUUGGCUUGAAGGUUAGUGUGUAUUGUUAGAAUGUAAAAAGUUGAAAUUACCAUACUACAAAAAUCAUAAUAUAUGCUAAAAGGCAAGUUAAUUUUGCACUUUUAAUUCUGAUUCUUUUGGUUGUGCAGAUUAUUUGUGUGAAAAUAUUGGAGAGAAAGAGUUUUGUACAAUUGAUUCUACCAAUACUGUCUGCGUGUUGAAUUCGGUAUGUAUAGAGAAGUAAUGCAAAACUGCUCCUCCAUCUUAUGAUACUAAUUAGAAAUGUGAAGGGUGGAUGCCCAAAUGCACAGUUAAUGUGUAACUUGUAUCUGAUUCAAAAAUUUUAAUUGGUUGUGUAGAUAAAAAGAGUAGCUGUCUGCUUUCUACGCAAGAUUAAUGCUUUACAACACUUUCAGGGCUUAAUUGUAAAUGGGAUGGAGGUAGUUAAAGAUGUAUUGAUUAAGAAUUCUCAGAUGCAGAUCCUAAUUUACAUUUAAAAAAUGAUGAUUGCAAAUCAUUUAAGGUUUUUGUUGGUCCUUGCAUUAUAGGAUCUUCAGGAUUUGGAUGUAUAAAAUGGUCAGAUAAUUGUAAUGAAAUGAUAAGUCAAUAAUAAUGUUAAUUAAAUCUAUAAGAUGGAACAAAGUGUUUUUGGACAGGUGCUUAUUGUAAGAAAUAACAAUGUUUAGAUGCUCCUAAAAAUAAUUACACUAAUAAUGUUUAAUGCAAUACUUGGUUGAAUAAUUGCAUUUUUGAUCACAUCUUUGGUGGAUGCAAAGAUCGACCUAAUCACAUUGCUUGCUCAUCUUUUCCAAACAUGAGCAUAUAUAUUACUCAUUAAGAAUGUUUUGCUUGGAAUCCUAAAUGCACAGUAAUUUCUUCCUUUAUAGCUGAAGGAUGUGAACUAAAGAAGGCAAGUUGUUAUGAAUUCAUCAGGGAAAGGAAUUGUAAGAAAAAUAUAAAUGGAUAAAUUUGCUAUUGGGAUGAUAAAGAACAAAGUUGUAUGCAUGAGGAUGAAGAUGACAAUGGAAUAGCUGAUUGUCAUAAGAGACUAUAUGGUGAUUUAACUCAUUAGGAUUGUGAAAACUUCAUGCCAAAAUGCACAUUAAAUAAUAUUGUUAAAUCAUGUUCAAACCUUUCAUAUUAUUGCGAUUAUCAAUAGAAAUAACAAUGUGAAAUUACUAUAUAUUAGUAACCUUGUAAAUGGGAUUAUUUUAAUUACAAAUGUAAAGAAGUAGAUUGUAUUGACAAUAUUACUGCUUAAACUGAAGCUGAAUGUCUAAGGUUCAGAAAAAAUAAUGAAUGUCAGUUGAUAAUUAAAUCUAACGGGGCAUAUGGACCUGGUUGUGAGAAGAGACCCACCUCAUGUGGAUAGAUUACUGAUUCUGUCAUUUGUAAAUUAACUCUAACUUUGUUUAAUGAUAGAUGCUAUUAUUUUAAUUCUCUCUGUUAGAAAGUACAAUCUCACUAAUGUGAGGCAAUUACUGAAAGUAAAAGUAAUGAUUUUUGUCAAUUAUAUAAUACUGACUGUGCUCUAUAAUCAAGUGGAUAAGGAUGUUAUUCUUUUUAGGAUUGUGCAUAUCUGUCAAAUAAUGUUUGCAACAAUGCCAUCAUGAGAUAAAAUUUGAAAUGCCACUUAUAAGAUAAAUGUCGUUAUGAUGAUACUUGUUCUAAUAAAUAUCUUUCUUAUAGUAAUUGUGAUGGGAAAAAAACAUAUUUUGGAUAAUUAUGUUAAUAUGUAUAUUAAUGUAAUUCUAUCACUUGCAGUUAUUAUUGCCUUGAAUAAACAGCAUAAAUGAAUUUAACCUUUUAAUCCUUUUCAACUCUCUCAGAAAAGCGGGAAUAAUGUUAAAACUAUUCAUCCUCAUAUAAAUAUGAUACAACUUGUGAUUGCUGUGUAUUAUUAACUGAAUGUAGCUUUUAGGUAGGCUCAUAAUCUCUUUGUAAUUCAUCUAUUACUGAGUCUUAAACACAAUGUGGAUAUAAUUAAUAGACCAAUACUUGUAAGGAAAGAAGAUGUGAGCAUUUAACCUCAAAUCAAGUCAUUUCUUAAUUAACUUGCUUUAAUUGGAAAUAUAACUGUGUUUAUGAUGUUACUGGUUGUAAGACAUUCUCAGGUGAUUGUACAACUAUUGUCUUUAUUUAAUAAUGUUAUUCUAAUUCAUGCUAAUGGUAGGAGGGUAAUUGUGUAAAUAAUGUUAAUUGUGAUCUGAACACAACAGCAGUGACUAAUCAUGAAUGCUUAUUAAUAAACAGUAGAUACUGCAGAUUAAAUUACACUAAGGGUUAAGGAUGUGCCUUUACGGAUUGUAAUGUAAUCACAAGCUCUAACAUAUGUAUUUCAGCUUAAGUUGUUGAUGGGUAAAAAUGUAAAUGGUUGAGUGAUAUAAAUUAAUGCACUAAUAAAUAGUGUUCAGAGUUUACAAUAUAAUCUGAUUGCGAAAAUAGUUAUGGUUAUAUUUCAACAACAGUCACAAAAUGUUAUUGGUGUUCACUUUACACAUCUCAAUGUUCAAAUCAUAGUUACUGUAAUUCAAGUAUUAUUGAUUUUAUUUAUUAACUAAUAACUAAUUCAAAUAUCACUAAAACAUGACUUCACCUGAAUCACAUUAAGAUUGCAAUAGUGUAAAUGUCUUAUCAACAAUCUAAUUUACAAUAAGCAACAAAUGCACAGUCAAAUUAUAAAGAUGUUCAGAUUACACAUAUUAAGAAGCUUGUGAAAAAACAAUAGAUGGUCUAGACUGUUAUUGGUAUUCUAAUGUUUGUUUAAAUAUUUGUGAAGCUGCAAUUUAUUUAAUAUCUUCCCAUACAAACUCAUCUUGUCAUAGUUUCAAUGCUUCUUGUAUGCAAUUAAAUAGUUAUGAAUGCAACAUUCUAGAUUGUUAUUCGUUAAUAACGAGUGCUGACUGUGCUAUUUUUACUGAAAAAUGCUUUUGGGAUGGUUCAAUCUGUUAAAGCCUUGGUGAUUGUAGCAAGUAUUCUACAAGUACCUUGUGCUUAAAUAACAUCAAUUCAUAAGGCAUCCCUUGCUUUUGGAAUGAUACUCAAUGUUUAGAAAAAACAUGUUCAAAUAAACCAUCUCCUUCGUAAAAUCAAUCAGAAUGCGAUAGUUGGUUGGUUAAUUGUUAAUGGAAUAUCAAUAAUAAUCAAUGUAUGGAAGAUUGUACAUAAACAAAUAUUUCAAAUAAUACUCAUUAACUAUGUGAAUCCUUUCAUUUAAACUAAAGUUGCACUGUCAAACUAGAUCUGAUUCAAUGUGUAGACCUUCCAUUAUCUUGUCCUUUAGCAAAGAAAACUUAAUGUUAUUUAGACUAAAAUGGGAAUGAAUGCUACUAUUAGUUAUCAUCAGGUCAAUGUGUUAAUUUAACAUGUUCGAACUUACCAAUUUCAUUUCAAAACCAUGAAAAAUGUAACUAAAGUUUAAAAUCUUGUACAGUUAAUGAAACUUUGAAUGGAUGUCAAUAAUUAAAUGAGUGCAGUAAAUAUUCAAUCUAAGAGCAAUGCUAAAUUGAUUCAAAUAAUAUCGAAUGUGAGUGGAUAAUAAGUGAAAAUAAAUGUACCAUUAAGAAAUGUACAACUGCACAAUUAAAAAUCUAUUCAGCACAUAGUUGUCAAUAGUAUUUUGGUGAUUCAUGUACUGUAAAUGCAAACUUUAAUGGAUGUGAAAUUAGUCAAGCAUUAUGUAUGAAAUACACUAAUACUUAAUGCCAAAGUGAAGGGCAAAAGAAUUUAAGUGGAGUAAAUUGUUUCUGGAAUGAGGAUAAAAGUAUUUGUUUAGAAAGGAUUUGUGAGAACGGACCUUCACUUGCCCAAUCUCAUUCUGAUUGUGAAGGGUUCCUUUCUACAUGUUAAAAAGGUGGGUGUCGUACAAAAAAUUGUUUUGAUUACAAUUAUUCUUUGGACUCAGCUUGUGCUUCAAUAUUUGAAGAUAAAAGGUGUGUAACAAAUGGAUAUUAAUGUGUUUUAAGAAAGUCCUGUGAAGAUGUUGCUACAAUUGAUGGAUGUACAUUUGAUAUUAAUUUACAUCCAUGUGUUUGGAUUGAUGAAAAGUGUUAUACUAAAACCUGUUUGACAGCAUAAGUUUAAUUUAUUACACACCAGGAAUGUAAUUCAUAUUUGUCAAUUUGUACUGUUAAAUAAGAUGGAGGAUGUACUUAAAAACAGAAUUGUUCAGAUUACUAAAUUAAAGAAGCUUGCUAAACAGAUAGUGAGAAUUUUGAAUGCAUUUGGGAUAUAAAUCUCCAGAAAUGUUUCUCCAGUUAAUGUGUAAAUUUUUGCGGUGAUGGUAUUGUUACUAGCUAGAAUGAAUAAUGCGAUGAUGGUAAUGAUAUUCCAUAUGAUGGUUGCUAUUAGUGUGAAUUUUAAUGUUCAGAAGGCUGUAUUGAAUGUCUUUUAUCUUAAUGUUAGAAAUGUGAUGAAUAUUAUACAUUGGAUAUUUAAACAACUAAAUGCCUAAAAGAAAAAAACUACUUCGAUGACAAUGAUUUAGACAUUGAGAUUUAAAAAUUAUAGUCUUAUACAAAUUUAAGAUGCGGAGAAAAUCAAAAAUUAAUUGAUCAUUUAUGUGUUAAUUAAUGUGGAAAUGGAGUAUUAAUUAAUCAAUAUGAAGAAUGUGAUGAUGGAAAUAAUUAUGGAGGAGAUGGAUGUUCUACAUAUUGUAAUAUUGAGGAUUCUUACCAAUGUAUAAGUUAGUAAAGCUCAUUAAGUUUAUGUACAUUUAUUAAAGCUCCUGAAUUUAAUUUGAAAAUUGUAUCUGAUAAUAUGAAAUAAAACCAAAUUGUUGAAUUGACUUUUACAGAAUUAGUUAAAAUGAAGGAUUCUCUUAAUUUUGAAUAACUUAUUGUAUUUACAAUUAUUCCAUAAACUAGAUAUCAAUUAACUAUCAGUACAAUUUCAAAUUUAACAACUACCCUAAGCUAUCCUAAAUAUUUGGUUCAAAUUGAAUUUAUUGAACCUACAUAAAACCCUAUUUUACAGGUUGACAUACAUGAAAAUUCUAUAUUUAAUUCCUAUGAACUAGUUUUGUAGAAAAAUUAAAAAACUAUAAAUCUUGAAACCCCUUUUGUCCUCUCGGGAACAACUAAAUAAUAAUUAAUAUCUAUUGUUUAACUAAAUGAUGCCAUGAUGUAUUCCUUAGCUGGAGUAUCAAGUUUGGCUUUGGUAACAGGAAAUCCAAUUAUUUUAUUUAAUUUGUUAGAUUUAUUAUAAUCUUUAUCAUAUUUGAGGUUUAUGUAAUAUAAAUUUCCACCACACUUAUAUGCCUUUUUGAACACUUAUACCAAAAUCUCGUUGUAACCCAUUUUUAAUUAUUUCCAUAUAGAUUAAUUUUUGACAAAUUUAAAUUAAGGAUAAAAAUAGAAUCAAAUAGAUGAAACAUCUUAUCAAGAUACAAUAAAUAUUCUAAAAUAGAUGUAUCUACUUAAUGUAAAAAGUUGCUACUUUUCUGUUUUUGCUUCCAUAUUAGCUUAUAUGACUUGCAAUAUCCUAGUUUCAAAUUUUUUCUUCAAUAUUGUUGAUAAAAUAACUUAUAGAUAUUAAGAUAAUUUAAAAAUCCUAAAGUUAAUAAAUAAGUUUUAAAAAACAAUUUAAAAAAAUUGCUUACUUUUUAAAAUUGAAUACUUCUCACUAGGAGUUUUUAAGGUCUUUCAAGCUAUUCUACAUUAGACCAUCUUUAGUUUAUUGAUAGAAUUUCCAAAUUAUCCUUUUAAUUCUCCAAUCGAAAUUUUCAGCAGCGUUAACGCAGUUUUUGGAUUAUUGUUCUUACUAAAGACAAUUUAUCCAUUUUUUUCAAUUACUUCAACUUAAAUAAAAAAUUAUAAUAAAUGGAAAUAUUUUUUUUAUGAAUCUAAAAGCCCAUUUUGGGCUGCUCAAUAUAAAUCCUUUUAAAUUUUCAGAGUUAUUUUUUUUAUCUUAAUAAUUGUGAAAUUAAUCAAUUAUCCAGAGGCCUAAUCAAUAUUAAUAUCAAUGCAAUCAACUUUUUUUGGGAUUUAUUUGAUUAGGUUUUAACCUUUGAAAUCUAAAUUUGAACUUUCUAAAAUAAUAUUCAAAGAGUUUUUAUUAAUGCUUAUUACAGGAACUUUUUUACUUUACAGUUUUUAAUUUAGCUAAGAUCAUUUAAUUAUUAUAGGUUGGGUUCAUAUAGGUUUAUUUUGUACAAUAUUAGCUUUAAAUUUGUUUUUGGAUUUAUUAUAAUAAAUCCUGAAAGUAUAUAAUAGUUAUUUAAAAUAAAAACAAAAAAAAAUAUUUGAGGAGGAGAGAAAAUAAUAUUUUAAUCAAUUAUAAGAAUUUCCUAUCAAUAACAAUAAUUAUAAGAAAUGA